AUGCGCGAUGGGGGACUAGCACUAGCCGUCUUCCACAUGUCGGUUGAGGUCGCCGCCCUCCUCGUGCCUCUUCCCAACGUUCCCUCGGCGGCCGAUGCCGUCUGCUCCGGCUCCCCAGUCCCCGGUUCUGCCCUGCUCUCGUCUGCGCUAGCUUCUGUUUCGUCAUCACUGAUGCCCGUCCUCUUCUUUCUCCUCUUGUUGUAUGCUUUGUACAUCGCGUCGAUUCCUUUUCGCGUGAGCACCACCCUGAAGCCCGCCCAGCAGCUGAACCGCUCCCUAAGUCGAAGGAGCAUCAUCAGUCUCACCCACUUCGCUCGCUGCCCACUGUCUCCGCUCCCUCCCGUUUGGGCCGCCGUCGCGGCCCUCGCUGGCCGGGCCUCCUUCCACCCAGCGAAGAGCUUCCUCAGCCACUCAAUGUGUUCCUCUCUCUUCAUUAUGCGCGCGGUAGCCUCAUCGUUGAACUGGAUCCACCUCUGCACCGCUCCCGUCGCCGCCUCGGCCACGACUUGCAAGUUCCUCGUGACCCCGGCGCCAAGGAUGCCACGAAUGCCUGAAGGAGAGGGAGGCGAGGCCAGAGGCAGGCUCAGCUGCUCUUGGGUGAUCCCGCUUUGGUGGCUGAAGGACCCGAUGGUCCUGUCACAUUCGUGUUCCGAGUCGUAA